AUGGCCGACACGGGAGGUAAAAGAAAAGCAAGCGAUCCCAGCGCUCGUGAAAAGAAGAGACAAAAAGGCCAGUGGAAAGGCCAUGACAAGCGAAAAAUUAAUUCGAAAGGAAAGCUAGCGAGCGGUGAUUCUGGAAUAUUUGUUAGCUGUGAUAGAGGUCGGGAGGGAAAAUGUUCCGCUGAGAUCCUAGAUCUCCUUUCACAGGAAGUACCAGAAGCUGCCGCGGAUCAAAAGGAUGACGGCACAGGCGAUGAAAAUGAGAACGAAGAUGUCGAUAUCGAGGAACAGAUAAAGCGGGAGGUGGAGCAGAUGCAGCCUAAGCGAUCGAAAGCACCGUUUCAGCUCAUAAACCUGGACGUCCCGUGUCAUAUUGUGCAUCGCCUAUGCAUUGAUGCCCGGGCACAUCCGGAACAGAAGAGAAGCCGUUGGGUUAAACGAUUAACCCCAAUUACAUCAAUGAAGAAGAUUCUCGGCGGCGGGCUGGAGGAGCUGGCUCGUGAUGUACUGAGGCCGCAUUUCCAUUCUGGCGGCCCUCCCAGAAAGUACGCUAUUCGACCAACCAUUAGAAACAACACGGAUUGCCAGAGGGACUCGGUCAUCAAACUCAUUGCUAGUAUUGUUGGGGGUGAACAUUCAGUGGACUUGAAGAACUAUGACUUGUUAAUUCUUGUCGAUGUUAUCCAGACUAUGUGUGGCAUGAGUGUGGUUGAGGGUGAUUAUGACGAAUUAAAGCGUUACAACCUCUCUGAAAUAUAUUCUCCCACGCCACGGCCGGAAGUAAAGCCGGAGAAGGAACCAGGAGGAGACGAGAAAGUACAAAAAGAGCAAAAGGAAGCUUAA